GUUUGUUUUUCCCUUCUCAAAUUUUGAAGUAGCGGGUAUACGGUAGACUAUCAUGUUUGGAGGUCAGCUCAGACAGGAUUUCCUUGUUUGUGAACUUGGACAACAACAUCGAUCUAUAGUUUGUUGUCGAGAUAUUCAUGAACACUGACUGUUUGUUCGUUAAUGCUCAGUUUCGGAGUAGAUCUAGGGCAAGGCCUAGCCUCAUCAUCUGAUCAUCUGUAGAUCUAAUUUCAUUUCAGCUGAAACUUGUGAUAUCAACCGGAUGGACAGACGGGCUGUUGACAAGAUGACAUCUGGAAUAGUUGGUGGUCUUCAACUGAGUGAUAUAAUGGCUGCCUUUGAUAUACAAGAUGCUGGAGACUUGCCCUGUCAGAGCCUUCCACCAGUCCCUUCAGCACCAGAGAGUUUAGUUCCAGCCCCAUCCCUUCCAGUCUUGGAAACUGCAACCCCCAACAUGGAUGUCAAUGCCUCCACUCUCCUUGCGUCUAUUGCAUCUAUGGUAUCGCCUGCAUCAUCCAUUGACCAACCUACCGGUAGACUAGGCACAUAUGUCAAGCAGCGUCCCCAUGUUACAGGUCAACAAUCUGAUAGACAGUCACUAGAGAUCAAGCUGAAUACUACUUUCAGAGGCCCAUCAUCAUCCCAAUCCCUUGGGCUACCUGCCACAGAUUUCAAGCAAGCUACCCAUUUUUGUGAUCCAGUGUCAUCUAUGGCAAAUGGCAUGAAGACAUCAAUGGAGUUCCGUCAUCAGCAUGAAGCAGCCAUAGAGUUUGAUCAGCUUCAGGAACACUCUCAACCAGUGCUUGUCUACUCAAAAGAAGACUGGCCCUCUCCAGACACAAAUUUGCAGACUAACAUUUACUCAGAUACAGCUAAUAUAGCAUUUCAAAAUCCUGAAACCCCUGAGAUGGCCCCAUCAAGUUCUAAGGGAAACUCACAUGCCUCAACCAUAGGUAUCACACAUCGGAUUCGGGCAAGAAAAACAAGGUCAGAAGGUUUAAGAGCAUUUCCUCAAAAAUCUCAAAGGCAGGUUAGAGAAAGAAAUAAUCAACAGACAUUGAAACCAAGUAUUCCAUACAGGGGGAAAAAGCAAAAUGAACCUACCCUCAAAAGUGAUUCAUUUAAACCAUUCCAUUCUGUAAUGACACUUGAACACAGAAGCUUGAUAUCAAAAGGCUUGUCAGAUUCAGAUAUGAUAGAACUGUUCGUAGAACUGCAAGAGUUGCUUAGAGCUAAGCAUCGUGAUUCCAAGAGACUUCGGAGGGCACGCUUAAACCAUGAGCAGUUGGAGGAAGAGAGACGUAGGAAUCGUGAGAGAAAACGUAGAUCAAGGCAGGAUCCUUUCAUUGAGUUUCGUCACAUCAUGACUGAAGAGCAGAGAAAGCUACUGUUACAGCCUGACCUUGAUCCUACUAUGAGAGAUACUAUCAUGACAGAGUUCAUUGCUAUUAGAAAGUGGAUUAAUAGGGAACAAAAGAGGAAAAGGAGAUCUCAAAUGACAGAAGAGCGGAAGGCAGAGGAAAGGAGGAAAAGCAGAGAGUACAAGAGAAGAGCUCGAAGCAACCCCUUGCGGGCAUUCAGGUCAGUGAUUACAGAGAGACACAAUGAGCUGUUGCAUAAAGAUUUAAAUCGUGAACAGAGAGAGAACUUGGUGGAGGAGCUAAUUGAGCUAAGGAAAGCAAAGCAAAGAGAUGAAAUGAGGAAGAGGAGAGCUAGUUUUUCAUCAGAGCAGAGGGACAGAGAGAGAAGCUACAGCAGGGAGUAUCAGCGAAAGCGACAUCAGAGGACUCAAAUUUUGUAUGAAUGGGACUCUAGUUCAGUAGGUAUUACUAAUACUGAUGUGAAUGAAAGAAUACAACUAAUGCCACAACCAGAACUCCUGAUCAAGGAUAGUACAGCUCGUGUGAAUGAAGAAGCCAAUCCAGUACAGGAUCCUGGACUAUCAGUGGUGGAUGAUGCCCAAGUGGAUGAACAGGCUAAUCCAAUGCCAGAUCCUGGACUUACUGCCAGGUCCGUGGAGGGAUCUAUUAGCUGUGAGACUGUGAAUAUGCCAACUGAAUCUAGUGAUCUGCUGGGAGAAGAGUCUACUUACAGUAAGCUGGAGCAAGAGAAGCUUAAAAAUAAAAUCAGGCAGCGUAGAAGGAGGGCAAGGCAGACAGAGAGGAAAGAGAGGAAGAAAAAAGAAAAAACCGUGAGCGAAGUAGAAUGAGAAGGAAGAGGCUUGCCGAAAUAGAGAAGGUUGUUGCCAGAGGGAGGUCACAAACUAAGGACUCGCUUUCUAACCCUGCAAGUGACACUGGCCUUCAGGAAAGCAUGGGAUAUGAUCAUUGGAAAGCUGUAAAUAUUAAGACUGAAACAGAUUUUCAUCAAAGACAGGUCACUGAAACCCCAAACAAUUCAUGUCCCUCUGCUGAUCAAACUCCGGAUGCAAGUCCUCAGUCAGAAUUACUCACAGACCAACCAGUCCCUUGGUUCACUAAACAAUUCAUGGAUCAGUUACGGAAGCGAAACAGAGAAUGCACUCAGAGAGCCAGAUCCAAUAUGACAGAAGAACAAAGGGAGCAGGAGAGGGAACGUAACCGAGAACGUCAGCGAUUGCGCCGCCUCUUGCAGACCCCAGAGGAGAGAACAGUGUACAUCGAGAAACAGAGAAAUAUACGUCGACUUCAGAGGCAAGACUCUGUGUACAGAGAGAAUGAGCGAGAGAGACAGAGGUUGAGGAAGAAGGAACUGCGAGAAUCACCUUCAUACAGAAUUCAUGAAAACACUCUCUAUCACUUACGUAAAGCAAGGAAGAUUAAUUCUCCUAAAAUGUACAUGCCACUUGAAGACAAUGAGCUCCAGGAGGUUAUGGGUGAUAAUGUUAGUCAGGAGCAGGAAUGUAGCAGUAAAAAUUCAGAUGAUAUGAUUCACUCAUGUGAAUAUGAUGAACUAGAGAAAGAACUGAACAAGAGUGAUAGCAAAUAUGAAGGAGAGGAAUCAUUGGAGGAGUUUUCUGUAAAUGAUGAUGAGGAUGAGGAUGAGGAAGAGGAUGAAAGUGACAGUGAUUUUGAAAUCAUGUAUCAAAGAUCCGUUAAAGUUACAAAACCGGACACAAGAGAAGGAUUAGAGAAAGAAGCCAGAAAAGAUAAAGAAGAUUUGAGAGUAAAGAUAUCCACAAGUAUUUUUGGCUUGCAUAAGAUCGUACCAUUGAACCAUUAAAAUUGUAUGAUUUAUGCCUAGAUGUGUAUUAUGCACUUAAAUGAAAUACGUGUACAUGUAUUGCUUAACAAUUUUAUUUUUUACUACAUCUCAUACAUACUGUAAUAUUUAUCAAAUUAAAACACAUGACAAUAACAUUUAAUAAAGAAAUAUUGUACAUCUCACAUUGGAUAUUUAAAAAAUAUAAUAUCAGAUUAUUUCAUCUUCACAGAAACUCAGAUAACAAAGUGCCCUUGUAUUUGUAGUUGUUAUAUUGUUUUUUAAACCCAAGAGAAUAUCAUUUGCAGAUGAGUGUUUUCCAUGUCUUAGUAUAGCUAUAGAAAUACACAAAGGUGUGUGCCAAUGAAAGUAGGAUAUUGUUUCCUUCAAUAUAGAUGAAUCACAGUACCGGUAUAACACCUCUCUUUGUGUAUCUUUAGAAGUACAUGAUACGAAGAUGAUCAGUUAUAAUGCCAGUUUGUAGUUACAGUCUGUGCAUGUGUGGAGAAAGGUAAUUUUCAUUAAAUUGUGAAAUCCACCUAAUACUGGAAA